CUACCUUCAUUUCGACUUCCGGUUUCCGAGUAAACGGAGCACGUUUGUGUCAUGCUGUUUUGAGUACGAUUUUACGAAGGAAUUAAUUUCUUUUUACGUUUUAAAAAAGUUUCGAAAGCUCGAAUUUUAUUGGAACGCAUAUAAAAAGCGACGAAGAUGGAAAACGGGCAAGAAAAAAGUAAUAUUGAAAUUGUGGCAAACGGCCCUACCGACAUCAAGGUUAAAACCGUGAUGCCGGUUUCUACCGAGGAAAAUGCCGCCAAACAAACUUCCGAAGAACCAUCCAGCGAACUCUUAGAAAAGAUUAAAAAGCAAGUUGAGUUUUAUUUUGGAGACGUGAAUAUGCAGAGAGACAAAUUUCUCAUUGAACAAACAAAAUUAGACGAAGGAUGGAUUCCUAUGACUAUUAUGUUGAAAUUUAAACUAUUGGCCUCUCUGAGUCAAGAUGUUGAUGUUAUACUAAAAGCUUUGGAGUCAAGCGAGCUUAUGGAAAUAUCAGAAGAUAAAAAAAAGAUUCGUCGUUCUCCAAACCAUCCUUUGCCAGUAUAUGACGCAGAAUACAGGAAGGCGCAGGAAGCUAAAACAGUAUAUGCAAAAGGAUUUCCUUUACGUGACACUACUAUUGAAAAGCUUACAACAUUUCUCAGUGAUUAUGAACCAUUUGAAAAUGUCAUUAUGAGGAAGUAUCAAGAUAAAGAGAAAAAGUUGCAGUUUAAAGGUUCUAUUUUUAUACAGUUCAAAACUCUAGAAGAUGCAAAAGCCUUUAUGGAUAGGAAAUCUGUAAAAUAUGGAGACACCGAAUUGAUUAGAAAAUGGUCGGCUGACCAUAGUGCAGAAAAAGCAAAGGAAAAGGAAGAUAGAAGACAAAAGAGAUCAGAAAUAAAAGCAAAGAAAAACGAGGGGAAAGAACAAUGUAACGAUAGUGACGAAGAAGAAGAUGAUAAGAUUACUCCAUUACCAAAAGGUUGCGUGAUUUAUUUUUCUGAUGUACCUAAUGAAUGUUCGAGGGAGGACAUUAAAGGACGUCUAGGACAACUUGGUGCAAAUAUUGCGUUUGUUGAUUUUAAAAUAGGUGAUAAGGAAGGAUGGAUUCGACUGCAAGGAGAAAACACUGCAAAGACUGUAAUUGACAAAAUGAAUGAAAACAAAAUAACAAUAAGCGGUAAAGAGGUUACAUGUCGCGUCCUGGAAAGUGAUGAAGAAGAAAAAUAUCUCACAAAGGUAAAAGAACAAAUGGCAAAUACUAGGCAAAAAUACAUCAAAGGAAAAAAAGGCAAAAAAGGUCGCAUCACACGAGGACAAAGGAAAAGACAUAGCAGUGACAGUGAUUCAUUUACAGUUCCCGCUAAAAAGGGUGCUAUUGAAUAGUUUAGAAACGUUAUUUAAAUUCGACUAAAACUAAAACUGUUCUAUACUUACUCUGAUAUACGUGUAUAUUAAUCAUAUUUUUAUUAUACUUAUGUAUAAACUAUGAAAAGAUAGACGUUGCUAUGUAUUCAAAA